AUGGCACAUCGGCGUCGUUGCACUGACGAAGAGAUACUGGAGAUACUGACAAGGAGUGACAGUUUCAGUGUGUGUGGUAUCUUCAAUGAAUGUAGUGACGACAAAGAUUCAUCAGAAGAAUGUCGUAGUAGAACACCUCUAUGUACUUCACCUAGUAGAGCUCGCCAGGACAGUUCUUCUUCAGAUUCUGAAAGUGAAGACAAAUCGAUUCGUAAAAGGCCACGCCAUAGUGAGAAUGAGAAAUCUGAUGGGCAAAGACAAGAUCUGUUGAAAUUUAUAGCACUUGAAACAAACCGAUGUUUUAUUUUCACCAUGGCAAAUACGUCGCAAUCAGUUCGUUCUCGACUAUCCACCUGGAAAGAUACAGGUUUUGAGGAAAUGUAUAGCUUCAUUGGUAUUUGGCUUCUCAUGGCUUGUGUUCAAAAGUUGAGAAUAAAGAACUAUUGGUCCAUCGAUGUACUUCUGAGUACUCCAAUUUUUGGCGAAGUUAUGUCCUGUGACCGUUUUAUGUUACUUUUGAGAAUGUUCCAUGUUAGUGACAACUCAGCCAAUUGUGGAGAUGACAUUUUGUUUAGAAUUAGGAAAAUAAUUGAUACAGUUCGUGUGGCGUUCCACAGUGCAUUUAAUCCAUACAGAAAGCUCUGUGUCGAUGAGAGACUAUUAUUGUUCAAACGUCGCUUAUCUUUUAAACAAUACAUUCCUUCGAAACGAAGUAGAUUUGGAAUCAAAACAUUCGUGUUGUGUAACUGUAAAACUGCGUACGUUUUGGGUUUCAUUAUAUACACAGGCACAACAACAGAAAUUGAAGUCCAUAAUUUGGGGAAAUCUGGUGAUAUUGUGGCAACACUAAUGAAGCCAUACCUUGAACGUGGACAUACUCUCAAUUCAUAUCCAGAUUCAAAGCUAUGGAAUAAGUAUCGAGAUAUCCUGCAUUUAUUUGUUAUGUCGGUUAUCACACUAACUGCAAGACUGUCACGACCGCUGUGGUUUCGGAAAUACUCAGGCCAGAGCGAAGACAGCCGAGUAAAGAGCUCAGGCAGACACAGUAGUAUGUUUGUUGUUGAAUGCAUUUCAUACAAUUCCUUAAGAUGGAAAAUUAUUGACCUGUCGGAAGUUGGAUAA